GCGUAGCGUCUGUCAGAAAAAUCUUCGCCAACGAAUUCGGCCUGUGCACACUUCCAUAGAAAAAUUACAGUUUUGCUUAAAAAUAUCAACUAUUAACUAAAUAUUUUGGAUAUAUCCAUCAUUAAUAUUAUUGCGUAAUUACUUGUAGUCAUAAAAUGGGUUCAGAAGACCGUGAUAGGCGCCGCCAUAGAUCGCGUUCAAGAGACCGCGAACGAGAACGCGAAUAUCGUCGUUCACGUUCUCGCGAUCGUAAGCGGGAGGGUGGUGCUGGUGGCCGUGAUCGGCACACACGUUCGCGUCGCAGAAAACCAUCAUUAUAUUGGGAUGUACCACCACCAGGUUUUGAACACAUUACACCCAUGCAAUACAAAGCAAUGCAGGCAGCCGGUCAAAUACCGGCAAAUGCUGUACCCGAAAUACCACAAGCGGCCGUGCCAGUUGUGGGUUCAACCAUAACGCGUCAGGCACGUCGCCUCUAUGUAGGCAAUAUACCAUUCGGUGUUACCGAAGACGAAAUGAUGGAAUUCUUCAAUCAACAAAUGCACUUGACGGGUCUGGCACAAGCGGCUGGCAGUCCAGUUUUAGCAUGUCAGAUAAAUUUGGAUAAGAAUUUCGCUUUCUUGGAAUUCCGUUCGACCGAUGAGACCACACAGGCAAUGGCAUUUGAUGGCAUCAAUUUUAAGGGUCAAAGUUUGAAGAUACGACGCCCGCAUGAUUAUCAGCCCAUGCCCGGAGUAGCUGAUGCGCCGCCAAUAACGGCGCCAGUGGCUAAUGGUGUCAUUUCGACCGUGGUGCCAGAUUCGCCGCACAAGAUUUUCAUUGGUGGCUUGCCUAACUAUUUGAACGAAGAGCAGGUAAAAGAGCUGCUACUCUCAUUUGGACAAUUGCGCGCUUUCAAUCUGGUGAAAGAUGCCGCCACUGGUUUGAGCAAAGGCUAUGCAUUCUCUGAGUACGUCGAUCACAGCAUAACCGAUCAGGCCAUUGCCGGACUGAAUGGCAUGCAGCUGGGCGAUAAAAAAUUGAUAGUACAACGCGCCAGUGUUGGUGCGAAGAAUGCACAGAAUAGCGCCACCACCGCUGCGCCGGUUAUGAUACAAGUGCCCGGCCUGUCGAUGGUCGGCACCUCGGGUCCACCCACUGAAGUGUUGUGCUUGUUGAAUAUGGUUACGCCGGAUGAGUUGCGCGAUGAGGAAGAGUACGAAGAUAUUUUGGAGGAUAUCAAAGAGGAAUGCAAUAAGUAUGGUGUUGUGCGUAGUGUGGAAAUACCGCGACCCAUUGAGGGUGUCGACGUGCCCGGUUGUGGUAAAGUGUUUGUCGAAUUCAAUUCCGUUAUGGAUUGUCAGAAGGCACAGCAAGCGUUGACCGGUCGCAAGUUCAGCGAUCGUGUUGUGGUUACAUCAUACUUUGAUCCGGAUAAAUAUCAUCGACGUGAAUUUUAAGUCGCAAUCGGUAAAUGGCACGUACGCACCCCUUCAAAUUCUUUAAAUCUCAAAUGUAUGUCAAUCAUUUACACACAUUUGCAAAUAUAUAUAGUCUUCAUAAUUGUGAGUGGAUAACUGAAUUUAGUUUAUAUUGCGUUAGCAAAGCAUCAUGCUUUCUUCAGCCAAUAGCACGAAAAGUGUUGGCUCACAUCCAUUUUAAUGUAUUUUUGAAGAAAAACCACAGGUCAAAUAGCAAGCAAAAUAUAAGUAUAUAAUAAUUGAAUUUUAUUUUCGCGAUUUUCGGAAUGGCGUUAAUUAAUAAAGACGAUACUUUUGGUAAAUAUA